CGGGACUUACGACAUAAGUGUUUCCGGGUUGUAGGGUGACCUUGAGCCCUCGAAAGCGACAUGGCGGUUCUCUUAAAGCUGGGCGUUCUCUGCAGUGGCCAAGGAGCUCGAGCUCUGUUACUCCGAAGCCAGGUGGUCAGACCUGCUUAUGUGUCAGCAUUUCUCCAGGACCGGCCUACCCAAGGAUGGUGUGGCACCCAGCACAUUCACCUGUCACCAAGCCACCACUCUGGUUCCAAGGCUGCAUCUCUGCACUGGACCAGUGAGAGGGUUGUCAGUGUUCUGCUCUUGGGGCUGCUCCCUGCUGGGUACUUGAAUCCCUGCUCUGUGGUGGACUACUCUCUGGCCGCAGCUCUUACCCUGCACAGUCACUGGGGCCUUGGACAAGUGGUUACCGACUACGUUCAUGGGGACACCCUGCCGAAGGCUGCCAGGGCAGGCCUCUUGGCACUCUCAGCUUUGACAUUUGCUGGGCUUUGCUACUUCAAUUACCACGAUGUUGGCAUCUGCAGAGCGGUUGCCAUGCUAUGGAAGCUCUGACCUCUGGGUGCAGCACUUUGAUUGUAUGCCUCCUUGCCUCUGCUUUACCAAUGCCGUUCACCUCACAGUGAGGAGGGAUGAAGGAUAAGUCCAUUGGUGGGCAGNAUAUCUUCUAAUUACAUGNUUNUUUUCAGAAUUUAUUUGUUGAGGAAGAAGUUUGAGGAAUUAGGUUCGAUCAUUCAUGAGUCUGAGUUCCAUAUUCCACUGAGUAUGGUCGCCAGCUCACAUGCCUCACGGUGUAACCGAACAUUUCAUGAGCUCAUGUUGCCUUUGACCACCAUUUCUUAAGGAGAGCCAGCUAAUUGCUAUCAGGAUAAGAGUGUCUGCUCAGAUCAGGCGGGAGGACUGUUCAUUCAUGAGUUCGACUUUGCAUGAAGUUGGAAAGUAUUCCCUUUGGAACCUUCCAUUCUUGUCCAGGCGACAGCAGCUCUGUUGAUGGCUCUGUUUCUAGGGAACUUUUAAUCAGGAUAUGCUCUCAAUUACUAACUUGUCUAAGUCUUAGGAAGGAGACUGAGGAAAGCUAGAUUUAGACGAGUUCAAUUUAGGGAGCUCUCCUUGUUUGUGGGUUAAAAUAUGACAGAUUGCAAACAGACUACUCUUCAAAUGUAUCUCAAUUGUGCAGAAGUGAGCUGUCCAAAAAUAUAAGACUAAGUAAUAAACUGUCUUCCCACCGUGGGAAUUGUUAAUGAGAAAGAAAGUGUACUCUGAAAAAACAAAAUUUUUAAAUAAAAUAUUAUAUAAUGAAAAUA